AUGGGAGGUAUUGGUAAGACCACCCUUGCUAGUGCUGUAUAUCAAAGAUUAUCAUAUUGUCACUUUGAAGGUCGCUACUUUGUUUGGAAUGUUAGAGAAGAAUAUGCAAGACAUGGACCAAAUCAUUUGAGAAAAAAACUUCUAUCCGAGUUGUUAAAUGAUGAAGCUAUUCUAAGGAUGGAUACCCCAUUUGUAAUAUCACCUUUUAUUCUUGAUAGACUUAAACGUAAAAAGGUACUCGCUGUUUUGGAUGAUGUGGAUAAUUCAAUCCACUUGGAUGCUUUAGUUGAAGGAUAUAAUCAACUUGCUUCUGGCAGUAGAAUCAUUGUUACAUCUAGAAAUAAGCAAGUCCUUAAGAAAGUAGCUGAUGAUAUUUACAAGGUUGAGAGGUUAAAUCAGAAUGAAUCUCUUGAGCUCUUCCACUUGCAUGCUUUUCGUAAAAAUAUUUCUCAAGCCAUUGAUGAUGAAAUGGUGUUAGGAGUGACAAGUUACGCAAAUGGAAACCCAUUAGCUCUAAAGGUCUUGGGUUCGUUCCUUUGGUCUAGAAUUGAAAAAGAUUGGGAAAGUGCAUUGAAGACGCUGAAAAGAAUUCCAAACCCAGAAAUUCAAGAUGUAUUAAGAAUCAGUUACGAAGGACUAGAUGAUCAAGGGAUCAAGGAUACAUUUCUUGACAUUGCUUGCUUGUUUAAUUCAACUUUUUCUAGAGACAUUGCAGUAAGCAUACUAGAUGAUGGUAAUUCCUUUGUGAAUAUAGAAAUAAGUGUUCUCAUUGAUAAGUCUUUAAUUGAGAGUAAUGAAGAUCCUGUCGACAAUUUGCUAUGGAUGCAUGAUUUGAUAAGACAAAUGGGUCGGGCAAUUGUUCGAGAUGAGCAUAUACAAUCUAGUAACUGUAGUAGAUUGGAACCACAGCAGUCAAAGUCUGAAAUUAAAGAAAAUGUAAAUUUGUGUCGUGGAGCCUUCUCAAAUAUGCACAACCUACAAAUUCUGAAAAUUUAUUGCUGUGAUGAUAUCAGUAUAUCUGAGUUUGUCAAAGUUUAUACUGACAAUAUUGCUGGCCAUGAGUUUAAGCUGUCCACUCCUAAAGGUCUUGAUCCUUAUCUUUCUGAUAAGCUAAGAUACUUCCAGUGGGAUUUCUACCCUUUGAAUUCGUUGCCGUCAAAAUUUAACCUGCAGAAUCUUGUUCAACUUGUACUUCGUGGAAGCCGUGUCGAAAAACUUUGGAAUUAUAAAGUUCAGCCGCUUCCGUUGCUAAGAAUGAUUGAUCUGAGUUAUUCCAAGUUCCUUACUCAAUUACCAGAUCUGCCACAGGCCCGAAAACUGGAAAGUAUAAAUCUUGAAGGCUGUACAAGCUUCGUUCAGGUUUUUUCAUCUCUUCAAAAUCUGGACAAGCUUACUUAUCUAAAUUUGAAUGGCUGCUCAAAACUUAGAGAUUUCUUUAGAAAGGCAUCGAAGAGUACAGGGUACAUGGAAGUUGCCGCAUUGGAGGAAUUAAAAAAGUUUUGA